UUUUAUAGAUGUAUUCAAUAGUUGUUUUUACUGAAAAGAAUGAGACCGAGGUUAUACCAAGUGACUGGCUGAGCAUCGACAAAAAAGUUUCCUUUUGGCCCCCAUAUAACGGUACAAGAUGUAGAAAAGCAGUUGAAAAAAAUGAAACUCCUGAUGAAGAAUGGGACGAAUAUGAAACUGAAUGGGUGGCUGAGUAUGGUUCCUAUGAAAAAGCCAGAAGAAAGCUGGUGAAGUUCUGUGAAGGCAACAGUUUGGAGUCUACAGAUGAGGACAGUGUACGGAAAAGAGUACCAUCGGCAAAAUAUGUAAAUGGAUUUACAUCUGGUACAGCCUCAGGAAGACCUCCAGUGCAGGCCUCAACAAGCCGGCUCCACACAGAGACAAUGGAAAGACCAAAAAAGAAAUUCUGCAGUAAUGGAGCCAAAAGCCUGACCUUGCCAACCAUACCUCUAUUUGCACCAUCAGCACCUGCUGUGACAGUCCCUGAACCAAGACAAGAUGAAAGAGAACUCCGGCUCUAUCAGAUGCUGGAAGAGAUAAAGGGUCAAGUCAGGCAGAAUUCGCUCCUCCUUCAGGCCAUACUGAGAAGAGAGAAUGCAGCUGAAGUUGUAAAUGAGGAAUUUCAGUUUCCUUUAAGGAGCAUGACAGGCAUAAAAGAUCUGGAGGAUAGGCUGUCAAACAGAGACACACAACGUUCUCUAACAAGAUAUCUUACCAGCUUGGGUGGAACAUCUGCCAAAGACAUUGUCCACAGAAUCAUGAGGGAAAUUAUGACCAAUGAGUUGGCCAACAAUUUUAAUUGGCCAAGGAGAGGACAGAAGAGCCCCUUUUCUGCGCUCUUGCUGGCAAAAGUUGUCAUAGGUGAUAUGUUUUAA